GUUCUGUGCUCUCUCCCCCUCUCUCUCGCUCUCUCGCGCACACACACACGCUCUCUCUCUACCACCAUCGUUAGUAUCCGGCUGUUCGCAGCCCCACCCUUUCAUUUACAAUUUUGUUGUUCGUCGUUUCGUAUUAGUCGCCAGGGCCGGAGAGCUCUGGGCGCCGCUUGUGACUUGGUGACUGGGUCCUGAGGGCGUCGAAUAGUCUGUUCGGGACCUCUGACUAGACCACUCCAGCCCGCGGCGAACAGAUCUAGAGCGAGUGUAAGACGAUUCUGUCUUUGGCUCCCUAACCCAGCCAGCCUCACGCCUCUAGCCAGCUUUUUACGCAACGCUUCCAGCUCUCUUUCGGGGAAAGGGGGGUCGAGGCGGAAAGCCACGAGGUUUCUCAUCUUUAUAACACCUUGACCCGUGUUCCCGUCCUCACACAUUUCCUUCCCGCUCCAUGUCACGUAUCCAACUGCGGUCGUCAUCGGGCAGACCUUGCCUCGUUAUAACCCUACCCUCGUUGUAUUACUUCCAGGACUAGGUCAGCUGCACUCGUUUAUACCCGCUGGCCCAAGUCUCUGCCAUCCCGUUAUUAUUAUUUUUAUUUCUUCCCUUUCCUCACGCACUUCGUUGUUCACUCCUCUUGAGUUCUUCCUUCUCCUGUCCAUAUCCCAUCCUCGGACAUCUACUUGGACGGCCCCAACAUGAAGCUGUUCUCCGCCACAGCGCUGCUUGCGCUGCAGGCAGGUGCUGCCUCUGCUGCCCUGGCUGUAUCAAACACCAUUCUGGUCUUUGCACGAGACACUGCCUCUGCUACCGUCGCCACCUUGGGCUUCCAGGGAUACGGUAUUCCCUAUGAGACUGUCAUCGUGCCACAGUCCGGUGUGGCUCUGCCCACGCUGAACUCCUCCCUCACCAGCGGAAACUAUGGUGGUAUCCUCGUCCUCAGUGAGGUUUCGUACCAGUACUCGACCGGAUUCCUCAGCGCCCUGACUACCUCACAAUGGGAUCAGCUUUAUGCCUACCAGCUUGCUUUCGGUGUCCGCAUGGUCCGCCUGGAUUCCUUCCCCACGACCGAUAUGGGUGUGACCACUGCUAUCUCCGGUGCAGGCUGCUGUGCCACCGGCGUCGAGCAGUACGUUAGGAUUUCGGACGCUACAGCAUUUGCCACUGCCAACCUCAAGACCGGUGUCAAUGCUAGCACUGCUGGUCUUUACCACUACCCUGCGACCAUCACCAACUCCAGCAUUGCUACGCAGUUCGCUACGUUCGAUGCUGCAGGCGACUACACCACCACAACCACUGCUGCCGUCAUCAACAACAUCGGUGGCCGUCAGCAGAUGGUCUGGUUCAUGUCUUGGGCUACGGAUUGGUCUCAGACUUCCAACUACCUCCAGCAUGCCUACAUUCACUGGAUUACUCGUGGCCUCUUCGUUGGCAAGCGCAAGGUCUACCUGAACACUCAGGUCGAUGACAUGCACCUCGAGACUGACAUGUACUAUCCCAACGGCACGACUUUCCGUAUCCGCCCCUCGGAUCUGGACUACCUCGCUGCCUGGCAGACCAACAUCAACACCCGUCUCCCCUCUGGCUCUGCGUACUUUGUGGAGAUUGGACACAACGGCAACGGUGAUAUCGACAAUGCCACCGAUACCGACACCGACGGCAAGUACUGCGACCCUCCUGAGGCUGUGGACUACAACUCCCCCCCUGAUACGGCUCUUGAGUUCUACAAGCCUCUGGGCACUGGCACUGAUCUCUGGCCCGAGUCCUGGAUCAGCUACAACUGGACCUUGACUUGCGCCAAGAUCGACAGCGUCGCCACAUGGUUCAAUACCAACCCCAGCAUUUUUGCCGCCAUCUCCCACACCUUCUCCCACGAGGAGCUCAACAACGCUACCUACCAUGACGCCAGCCGUGAGAUUUUCUUCAACAUUGCAUGGCUGAAGCAGAUUGGUCUGUGGGAUGCCACCAGGUUCUCCCCCUCCGGUAUCAUCCCGCCUGCCAUCACCGGUAUGCACAACGGCGACGCCAUGCAGGCCUGGUGGGACAAUGGUAUUCGAUAUGUCGUGGGUGACAACACCCGUCCUGUCCUCCGCAACACGAACAGCACCUUCUACCCUCUCAUCUCGACGGUCGAGUCCAACGGCUUCGCAGGCAUGACCAUCAUUCCCCGAUGGGCUACCACCAUCUACUACAACUGCGACACGGCCGAGUGCACAACCCUGGAGUGGAUCAACACCUCUGGCGGAUCGGGCAGCUUCGUCAACCUGCUCAUUGAUGCCAAGACCACCAACUCUCGCUACCUGCUGGGUCUGCACCCUGAUCCUUACAUGUUCCACCAGGCCAACCUGCGCUCCGGAGACGUCGACACCUGGACUGUCGGCACCGUGACCGGUCCUCUGUCCCUGAUUCAGAUCUGGGUCGAGACCGUCACCCAGGAGCUGGUCCGUCUGACCAACUGGCCCAUCUUCUCCAUGAAGCACGACGACAUUGGCGCGUACAUGGUGGACAGGAUGACCCUUGAUGCUUGCAACCCCAACCUGGUCUACAACUAUGCCGAUGAUGGCCUGUCUAUCACCUCCGUCACCGUCGGUGCCAACUCCAACACCUGCUCUGUGCCCGUGCCUGUCACUUUCCCCGGCACCGCCUCCACCACGGCGUCUGGAGGUUACACUGACCAGAACGGCACUGAGCCUCUCAUCUACUACACACCGCUGACCGGCUCAACCGUGACCUAUACCCUGGGCGCGGCUGUUCCCAUCUAAACGGAGUGAGAGACUCUCACUUUUUUUUUUUUUAAUGUUCUUCUUCUUCUUUCUUUCGAUAGGGCAUGUAGCAAGAGGAGUUUAUAAUGAACACUUGUCGUGCGUGACAAAUGACACACAAAAAAAAGGAGUCGACUUUUUUCUUUGAUUCUUGUCUCUCGCUUCCAUGAAUAAGUUUUCUACAACAUACGACACCAAACUGCAAUAGCAGAAAGUUGUAUCAAUCUAGGGUAGUUGAUCCAGCGAGGGAAAGGGAUGGGUGAAAAGUUAACAGAACGCAAAAAGUACUGUGCCGAGCCAAUAGGGAGAAAAUCAGCACUGUCUUGUUUGUCUCUUGUGGCUUCAAGGUGAUGAUGAUGAACAACUACUAGCAGCAGGAGCAUUCCAUCCAUCCCUCGGUUCAGGUUUUCAAGAACUUUUCAGGGCGACGAGGAUUUCAUUGGUAGUUACUUGAUAAUAGUAAUCAUUUGAAUAAUUUGGAAUGAUCUGCCUG